GUAACAUCUAAGGAUGGCACGAGGAGCGUUGGUGCAGAUCCUCUCUUGAGAAUGACGGCGAUUACACCAACAUAUAUAAACAAAAACAAAAGAACUUUAGAAGGCAACUGGCAAAUGUAUAUUAUAGAUCCUAGUCGAAGAGAUAUGCUGUAUUGUAUGCAUGAAAAAUGCGAAAAGAAAACAAUAGAGAUCUGUAUUGAUACACAAUUAACAAGUGCAGCAAAGAAACGAUGUCAAGGAAGUUCAGAAAGGUGAGAAAAAAUAUGAAGCCUGAACUUGUUAAACGACGGGAAACAUACUCGUCAAAAUAUCCAGCUUCAACAGUAGACAUUGAUAAGUAUUCCAUGUACUUAAAACCAAGGUUUGAAGCUCAUGGCCCCCUUUCCAAGUACAAGAUAUCACACUCCCGACUAUCGAAGUUUUGAAUAAUAGUGGC